AUGAUGGGCCAAAUGACGAAACAAAAAUUAAACAUCAUCGAUCCCCACUCUCCAGAUGGCAAGAAAGCUCUAAAGAUAAAAUUCAAAGAUGUGGCAGGGUGUCAUGAAGCCAAAGUUGAAAUCAAAGAAUUUGUCGACUACUUGAAGAACUCGAGCAAGUAUACGAAAUUGGGACCAAACUACCAAAAGGAGCUUUAU